AGAAUGCCGCGUACAUAUUUAUGCCAGUGUAGAGCUUUUUUCGAACAGUUCCACGCCGUACACUGAUCGCGCCAGACGCUGUGGAUUGUUUAGAGCCACUUAAAUACAAACAACGUACUAGCCAAGUUAAGUAAAAUCACAGAGAAACGCGACAACGUGAAAAUGCCAGCAACAGCUACAGCGACCGCCAAUGGUAAGCCAGAGCUCGAGGCGGUUAAGAGCGCGCAAAAAGCGAAUGAUGCGCCGGCAGCGGGAAAUGUGGAGGCUAAGGCUGCGCCACAAUUGCCCGAUUGGCUGAAAGAGGACUUAUUUCUGGACUUUUUCAAGGCAAACAUAACCGGCUUUAAGGCGAUAAAUAAAUUUUCGGCCAAGCCAGCGCAGGGUGCUGGUGAAAAUUAUGCAACCAUCAUCGCAUUGGUGAAGGCUGAGGUGGAGUUGGAAGGUGGAAAAUCAAAAGAAGUUUCCUAUAUGCUAAAAUUGCCAAUCGACGCAGUACAGAAACUCAUGAAUAGUCGUAACAUUUUCGUCAUAGAGAUCAUGAUGUAUAGUGAUGUUAUACCGGAAAUGGAGAAAAUGUACACUGACGUUGGUGUUGAAGUGAAAUUUUCUCCACAAUAUUAUGAGUUGAAAACGCCCUCUAAGUCCGAUGUUAUACUCAUGGAAGACUUACGGCAACGCGGCUUCAAAAACACUAAUCGUUUGGAGGGCUUUGACAUGGAGCACACUAAGCACACGUUGGAAAAGUUGGCACAAUGGCAUGCCGCCUCAGCUGUGCGCGUGGAAACUAAAGGAAAGUAUCCCGACGUAUUAAAUACAGGUCUAUUCACCGAUGAUUUGCUAAAUGUAAUGGAACAAAUGGAUAAGAUGGCGGGGACACUGUAUGAGGAUUGUGUGCGGACCUAUGAGGGACAUGAAGAGUAUAUUGAUAGCUUUAUUAAAUUUCAUGAUAGUUUUUUCAAAGAGCUGCGUGCAGCUAAGAAACACGAUCCCAAUGCAUUUAAUGUCUUAAAUCAUGGUGACUUCUGGGCGAACAAUGUUAUGUUCCAAUAUGAUGCAUUUGGUAAAAUUAAAGAAACGUAUUUCGUGGACUUUCAGAUGCCUUGUUAUGGCUCACCAGUGAUUGACUUAUAUACCAUACUUCUCUCCUCGACGCAACUCGAAGUGAAGUUAAAGCAUUUUGAUUACUUCAUAAAAUAUUAUCAUGACAAAUUGACUGAGUGCCUAAAACUCCUCAAGUAUCCGAAAAAGCUGCCCAAUUUGAAAGAUAUACACAUUGCACUUUUGAAAUAUGGCGUUUUUGGCUUUACCACCGCCUCUGGUCAUAUGGCGAUUGUGUUACUCGAUCCAAGUGAAGCGGGUGACUUAACAGAUAUGCUUGGCGAUACACCGGCAAGUUUGAAGCAUAGAAAAGCCAUGUUGACGGGUUCACGCUAUAAGGAACACGCCAAAAUCGUAUUUCCUUGGCUACAUAACCGUGGAGCCUUUGAGGGAUAAAACGUUUAAACUACCUUUUUUUGUAAAAUAUCAAAUUAAAAAAGACAAUGAGAUAUAUAUAGUGUGGGCGUAUAUAUAUA